UGAACGAGACAUUUGAACCUCUGUACUAGUGUGAUCGAAAUUAGCCGUAACAUUUAGUGAGUUCAAAACAGUUACUAACUGUACAAAAUGAAAGUUAUCGGCUUGCUGUGUUGUUUAAUAACUUUGGCGUAUUCUAAGACUUAUUCAAAGGGUUACCACGGUCCAAGAAGAUGUGUCAACGUGUGGGAUGAAGGCUGUAUCAACGGUCAGCUUAAUGGUGCAGGUGGUGAUGAUGAUUAUCUGAGCAACGGAUUCACCCCCGGCAAACGUUGCGUUAACAUGUGGGACGAAGGAUGCAUCAAUGGACAGCUGCCUGGCGCUGGUGGCGAUGACGGCUACUUGAACGGUGGCUUCAAUCCUGGGAAACGUUGCGUUAAUAUGUGGGAUGAAGGAUGUAUAAAUGGACAGUUACCUGGAUCGGGUGGCGAUGACGAUUACCUUAACGGCGGUUUCAACCCCGGUAAACGGUGCAUCAACUUGUGGGAUGAAGGUUGCGCCAACGGACAACUUAAUGGAGCAGGUAGCGAUGACUCUUAUCUGGGUGGCGGUUUCAAUCCAGGCAAGAGAUCGCUUCAUGAGAUUUUGGCAAAACUACAAAAGGCCCACUCGAAGAAGCAAUAAAAUUUUUCCUUUGCUGUUUAAUAAUUUUCAUAUUUUUUUUUUGGAAUACAAGUAGAUCUGUCUUAUUAUUUAUGCUAGUCUCAUCACUGUAUGUAUUUAAAAAUAAAAUAAUAUAAAACGCC